UGCUUGCCCCCCUUCCCGUCCUCUGCAAGCCAUCGCCACCAUCAUGGCCAUGAAGGAAUCUGGAGCUUCAAUCAUGGCCUGAGAAGAAGAAAGAAGAAGGAGACGAGGAAGGGGAAGGAAGGAGCAAAAGGUGGGAUAAGCGGGGAGAUGGACAACUAUUCGUGUUCGUCCUACGCCGAGUCGGACUCGUCGCCGAGGUGUCGGGAGAUCGUCGACUGCGAGAACCAGUCGUGGGACGAGCCGGCGAGCUACAAGGUGAAGUUUAUGUGCAGCUUCGGCGGGAAGAUCCACCCGCGGCCUCACGACAACCAGCUCAGCUACGUCGGCGGCGACACCAAGAUCCUGACCGUCGAUCGCAACAUCAAGCUGUCGGCCAUGGUGGAGCGGCUCUCCUCGCUCUGGGAGACCCCCGUCUCCUUCAAGUACCAGCUCCCCGGCGAGGACCUCGACGCCCUCAUCUCUGUCACCAACGACGAGGAUCUUGAGCACAUGAUGGUGGAGUACGACCGCCUUCACCGCACCACCUCCAAGCCCGCCCGUCUCCGCCUCUUCCUCUUCCCGGUCGGCUCCUCAUCCUCCUCUUCCUCAGCGCAGGCGCUUCAGCCUCCGCCUGCUGCCGAGAGCAAGCCGGAGCACCAGUGGUUCGUCGACGCCCUCAACUCCGGCCCCGUCCAGACCCUGAACCGACCGGAAAUGGAGUCUCCUCAGGCGAACCCGGAUUUCCUUUUCGGUCUGGAUCAGAUAUCCGCGGCUAAAUCAGGGGAAGACGUCCGCGCUUCCGCCUCCGCUUCUCCGGCGUCAGGUCUCCCCCACCCUGAACCACGAGACUACUUUCCUCCGCCACCGAACGACUUGGCGACGAAGGCGGACAGGCGUUCGCUGGAGACGGCAACCGCCGCUGUGGUUUCUGACUCUAACUCGGCGGAGAUUCAGAGGCAGAUUCAGGAGUUCCAGAGGAUGCAGAUAGCGAGCCAGGAACAGCAGGCGGCAGCGGCUUACUUCCAGAGGAAGCAGGAAGAAACCCUAAGCCACAGUUUCCCAACCGGGUCGGCCUUCCCGGCGAGAGAGCCGGCGGGUGUGGCCACCUCCAUGGCCGGAGAUUACUACCAGAAAAUCCACGACAAGAACCGGUACGAAUCAGGUCCACCGCAAGAGCAGCCGCCACCUCCGCCAAUGACGAUCCUUCCUCCGCCGACGUCGACACCAGCAGCCUACUGGGCCGCCCCAGCGCCCGAUCGGCAAGGCAUGGGACCCGAUCUAGGCGUCUACCUGCUGCCGUCGGGCGCGAUGUAUCCUGCCGGUUCCGUCCGGCCGCUGACCGGCCCGCCCGGGCAGGGAUUCUACACGGUGGCGCCGAAGUUGAUGACCAGUGCCCCUCCGCCUCCUCCCGCCGGGUUCGGUGCUGAACCGUACCGAGACGCGCCAAUCUACAGGAUGGGGCCCGGUGGGGCUAAGCUGGGCCCGUAUCCCGAGGGCGCGAUACGGCCGGGGAUGGACGCUGCGUCCUUUGCUCAUCUCACGUACGAUCCGACGGCAGGCCGGCAGAUGUAUUACGCGGCGGCGACGCAGGCAGCUGUGACCUCUCCUCCGGCUUCGUAUCAGACGGUGGCCCGUCAACCGCCGGCUCAGGACCCCAGACCCAAAUCUCCAACGCAGAGCCUGUGAUCCGACGCUGAUGCCUCCGGGGAGCCUCUUGUGCAUGGGUUGCUGUUCUCUUUUCAUUCGUGCUUUUUCUCAUCAUAUUUGUGCUUAGUAGCUGCAUCAUGUAAAUGUAAUUUCUUCUUGAACUGUCUUCGCAUAAUCUUGAACACCGGCCACGCUUUCCCCUUUCCUUUGAUUUCUUGAAGUAAGAAGAUCCUUUGUUUCUCUCCUUAAGUUGGGGAUCAAUGCAUCAUUGCGUUCGAGAUGUA